GAUGGCACCAGACAGGCGCGUUCCACUGCUCGCAAGAACCUACUAGCAAAUGGCCUGGAUCCGCCGUGCAUCACAUAUGGGGAGACUGUCAUCUUCGGGCGUUGGGAGGGUGGCGGAGUACAAAGUCGCUGGCCCUCAGUAGGGACUUGCACACAGCCAACCCCAGGACAAAUCCAUUGGAGGGUGUCUGUGUAUAUUUGUGUGGGCACCGCCUGUAUCCGAGGCUAUGCCUCCUCUCGACCUCGCUCUGGGGCUCCGCCGCUUCCUCCCUCCUUUUCUCUGCCAAAUUCAAGCUUCGCGCGGCCCGCUUAGCUUCGACCGGAAGAGGUGCGUUCUCGACCCGCGGAUCAAAAAAGUGUAUAUUUGUGUGGCGGAGGCUGCGCCAAGGCGAGCCACCUCCCCAAGAGCGGGGCAGGCGCAACCUCUUUCAGACACGGGGGCACCUCGGGAAGCACUCCGCGAGCGCGGCGGCCGCUACUGCCUGCCCCCGCCGGGUAUUCAUGCGCACCGCGCCCUGCCAGCGAGGCCGUCUGCCGUCUCCCGCCCUUGGGGCAUUCGUGGCCCCGGCUGUACUAAGGCAGGGGCCCGUUUCCGGGGCCUACUUUGCCGUCGGGUAAACGCCAAGGUGUCCGGUCCGGGUGGAUUUUUCCUCCCUUGCGAGUGGCUGCGCGGGCCAGCUGUACAGCAAAGGAUCAGGUUGAAACUCGGGAGGGCCCGCCAGCACGUCGGGAGAGUGAGACCCGCGAGCGCGCACCCACGAGGAGAGAGAGAGAGAGGAGGAGGAGGAGGAGGAGGAGGGGGAGGACGAGGAGGAGGAGGAGCGCCGUCACACCGAUGCUCAUCGCACGCCUGUGCCGCGUGGAGUUUUUUCAGCCUGCCGGGCGCCCGCGGCAGCCAGGACACGAGACAGACUUCGCUCCACCUCCAGCGGAGUGCCGCCAGCAGCACCUCCCGGAAUCCCGAGCCUGCCCGUCCGAAGGAUUGCAAAAAACCCGAAGUGGCUGCGCGGGCCAGCUGUACAGCAAAGGAUCAGGUUGAAACUCGGGAGGGCCCCCCAGCACGUCGAGAGAGUGAGACCCGCGAGCGCGCACCCACGAGGAGAGAGGAGAGAGGAGGAGGAGGAGGAGGAGGAGGAGGAGAAGGAGGACCUCGUGUGGAUCCUUGGAUCGUGUGCCCAGCUGUGCAGCGAAGCGAACGACCUCGGGGAAAGAGCUGCGCUGGACCUCGCCGCGUGCGUCCGGCUAGCGGCAGCAUCUCCACGCUCGGCCGGCUGACCGCCUGUACAAGCGUCGCACGUGCACGGAGGACCAGCCUGCGGAGCUGCUUGAGGAAGCUUCCCCUCCCACAUGGGCAUAUCCGCAGCGGCGCCUGCAGCCAGAGCUCGACGAGGUCACGCUCGGCGGGAAGGCUGCUGCGAGUCGCCGACGCAGGGUCGCAUCUCGGCCUGGAGGUCGCAUCCGCGCCCUCGUGAGCACGCUCGCUUCGGACCGUCACAGCGACACCGCGCGGCCAGCUCGCAGCCAGUCGGGCUGCGGCCGUAUCGAGCGGGCUGUGGCCUGGCCACGGUCCAUCUCUGCCCGCGUCCAGCCCGCAGCCUGCCGAGCAGCCCAACCAAGCUCCUACGGUGGGCAGGGCGGGAUCACAGCCACAGCCAAGCGUGGCACCAGCAGAACCGAUCAGAGGAAUCGGAGGAGAG